CUAUUUUGUCGUUUUACUUUAUGUGAAAUGACGGUUAUACUCUUGAAGUUCGCGAGAGUAAACGGAGAAAACAAAGGACAAAAUGGUCACGAGAAAUAUCAAUUCCGCUUAAUCUAUCUCUAUCUCUUCACUGCAAGUCAUCGGGACAUCCCCAUCCUCUCAUGGCUUCUUCAGCUCUUCACUCUAACUUCGCCCUCUUCUCACCCAUCAAAAAGCCAGUCCAGACCAUCACCACCACCAGCUACACUCCGAUACGGUGCGGCCCACGGGACAACCGUGGGCCCCUCAUGAAAGGCCGAGUUCUCAGCAUCGAAGCAAUCCAAGCCAUCCAAUCCCUCAAAAGAGCCCACAGGGGAGACCCAACCAAGAUCGACGACUUCCUCUCCAAAACCCUCUCCCGCCUCGUCAAGGCCGACCUCCUCGCCACACUUAAUGAGCUCCUCCGCCAGGACCAGUGCGACCUUGCCCUCAGAGUCUUCUCGGCCGUCCGAUCGGAGCUCUGGUACAAGACGGAGCUCUCCCUGUACGCCGACCUGGUGUCGGCGCUGGCCAGGAAGGGGAUGAAGGAGGAGAUUGACCGUCUGAUUUGUGAUUUGGAGGGGGAGGGUUCGGUUCGGUGCGACGAUAAGGGGAUAGUGAGGCUGGUGAAGGCGGUGAUAGCGGCGGAGAGGAGGGACUCGACGGUCAGGAUUUAUGGAUUGAUGAAGAGAAGUGGGUGUGGAGGUGGUGAUGAGUAUGUGGGUAGGGUUUUGAGCAGGGGUUUGAGGAGGUUGGGAGAAUUGGGCGUUGCCGAUGAGGUUGAUUUGGAAUUUGGGAGGUUGUCCAAGGGUAAUUUGGAGAAAGUAGAAGCAUAAAAAAGGGAUGAUAAGCUUGAUUUGUAAUUUUUGAUUUGGUUACCGAAGAGUUUCAAUGAGAAGCCAUUUUUUUGAAGAUUGAUUGUAUAUAUAAAGUUGAAAGAAAAAUAGUAAAUAUUUUUAUGGCCAA